AUGGAGCUUAGUCACAAACCGCCCUUCUCUUUGGGUCCAAUGGAUUCACGCUUACAAGCUGAAAGUGGUCGCCAAACUAACGUUUGGAGUGAUAACUGGUGCACAUACAGUCCGAUUAGAUCAUUUAUAACCCCUAGAGCUAUUGCUAAUGCCGGUUUUGCUUUAAAUGCUACUGUGGCUGAUGUUAUUGCGGUUGAUGGCCAAUGGUUAUGGCCUCAAGCAUGGUAUGAUCUCUUUCCUGUUCUUAUCAACAUUGGUCCUAUCCAGAUUGCUCCUGAUACGAAUGACCGGUUUUGCUGGAAAGAUUUAGAAGGUAACCUUCAAGGUUUUACUUCUUGGGAGGUUUGGAAUUGUUUGCGGAAUAGGUGUCAAAAGGUUCCAUGGGCUACUUCAGUUUGGUUCAGCCAAUGUAUACCCCGACACUCUUUUCAUUUGUGGUUGGUUGUUAAAAAUAAGUUGAAAACCCAGGACAGGAUGGCCAUUUGGGAAGCGGGUAGUGCUACUAAUCUGCGACUUAUGUGUUGCCCUUUAUGCAAUUUUGACCGUGAUUCAAGAGACCACCUCUUCUUUCAAUGUGUUUAUGCUUCAGAGGUUUGGAGAUUGGUUAGGCGUUUGGUUGACAUGAACAAUGUCACGGAUACCUGGGAUUCUAUCAUGCAAUGGAUGGAGCUUAAUGCUAGUUCUAGAACUAUGGAUAAUAUUAUUUGCAGGAUUCUCGUAGCGGCUUCAACGUACUUCGUUUGGCAGGAAAGGAAUAACAGAUCAUUCUCUCAUAAUCAGCGGAGUGCGAGUGUGCUUGCAAAGGUCGUCAUUGAGACUGUGCGGCUCAGAAUUAUGGGGUUCCGGUUUAGUAAAGAUCCGAAACAAAAGAAGAUUUUGGACAGGUGGCUGAUCUCGAAGAACAACAUAGACGUUGAUCCCGGCUAG